GUGGAUUUAGUCUUUUUACAUUUUACUUAAUUUUAUCCCCCACCUGGAAGAUUUCAGUUUCUCUCUGAAUUGAGUGGAAAAGGUGUUAGGUCACCUUAAAGGCAGAUAGAGUUCUGAAAUGAUUUGGCUUAGUCUCACAUCUACUGUAGGUGUAAGUUUUUACCUUUCCCUGUCUGCUUUCAUCAAGGUUAAGUAGUGUGACCUUCUGUCACACUGUCCACCAUGUGAUUGGAGGGGCUGCACUUCUUUUCACUCUUUAACUGUUUCUCCGGUUACCAAACAUGAAUAAGGGAGGAGUUGUGUCCCACAAACAUCAUAAAGCCCAGACUGACACGCACAUACACGCUCCCGCACACACACAUCCACAUACACACACACAGACGCACACAUCCACCCUCUCUUCUAUUCCUUCCUUCUUCCACAUCCCCAUCUCUCCCUGGAGUGUGUGCAUUAACGUGCAGGAGAGCAGCAUCUCGCUGUGCAUGCACAUGUACUCUGCUAAAUGACUGGCUGCAGAGAGGAGCUGGGGGAGGAAACAGGAAGGAGGUAGCAUGGGAGAAAAGAAGGUGGGGAGGGCACAUACAGCGGCGCAUGCAUGUGUGUCUGAGAGGGAGAGAGAGAGGAAGAGAAGAGAGACGGUAAGAGAGAAAAUGGGAGGCAGCAUCACCCACCCAGACGGAGAGGAGGGGAGGAGGGGAGACAGCGUGUUCGUCCCUCCAACAGACAGAGGUGGAAGGGAAGUGGGCAUGAGAGACAGAAGGGGAGCACAAUGAAGGAGUGCCAUUGUCCAUCCUGGCAGCAUUGCCGUUUCACCAUCUGCUGAAAGACAGGAAGAGACGGGGGAGGGGACAAGAAAAAGAAGAAGAAAAAGAAGAGAACACAGAGGAGAGGAUAGAUGGAGAAAAGCUACCGGCAAUGACUUUGUGAAUUGAUCAAACAGAAGAGUUGAUCAGAAGAGAAGCACGUUUUUUUUUUUUUUUUCUAUGUCAGGGAGUGGAGGAAAGGAGAGCCAGACAGAGGGAGAGGACGGAUGUUCGGACAGUCCGGGGAUGUUUAAACAUUAAUGUGGCUUUCAGAUUAAUAUGGAAAUUGGCUUUAUAUAAAUGGCUGUUACUUAUCAACUGCAUGCUUUAUAAACCAAAAAACGAACUACUAAUAUUUUGCCAUUCUUUUUAAAAAGGCAGAUUUGUUAGACUUGAUUUGUUAGACUUGAUUUAUACAGAGAAAUUGUAUUACUUUUCAGAUUUUUCUAUCAGAAUAAGAUCUACUCAGCAGCAGGAGUUAUGUUAUACAAUCAUCUUUAACUGCUGCAGAGAAUAUUCAGGUGGUUUUUAUGCAACUUUUCUUAGCAUUAGUUGUCUUGUAAAGUCAAGCAUAAUGAUGUUGUUCUUUACAGCAUACUGUUAAUCUGAAUUUUGUUGCUGUUCUUGCAAUAUUGUUACAUUUAUCACUCCAACUGGAGUCGGUGCAUUCAGCCAGUGGAGAUGUCAAAAUUGAUUGGGUUUUAUGGCUGGUGCGAUGUCGGUCAAACUUUGGUCAUUUCCUGAACUGUAUUGAUCUAAGAGACUCUAGUUCUUUUUUUUUUCCUGCCAUUGGAUGAAAAAAAAAAGCUCUAAUGUAGAAUCUUUGAUGCAACAGCUAGCAGAUAAUUGCUUGCCAAAGCAGUUAUCUCUUUGAAGAUUUCUGCUGUUGUUGGGACUUCUUGGCAUAAAUCCUCUGCAGGCAUUUCUCUUAAUGUCUGUUGCCAUCGCAACGGGCUGCAGACAGAACAUGAUGUAAAAAUCUUUUCUUUUUGUCCUUGUCUUUUCAAAACUGGUGCUGUUCCAUUUGGUUUUUGUACACAUUUUAUAGAUAGCUAGUUAUAGUUGCAUCUUGUUUGUUUUUAACUGGACUUUUACUUUAUUCUCUAGUCUUUGAUUCAGGGUUGUUUCAGGUCAUCUAUACCCUUUUACCCUUUCUGUAGAGUUAUCCAGUUUAUCAGUCAAGCUUGAUCUGCUGCUAUCAGGCAUUACUGGAUAACUGAAUUAUCAUUCUGAUUUCUCUUGUACUUAUCGGUGAGUACAGCUGCUUGGCCUCAAGGCUGUGCUUCAUGGUGUGUUGGUGACUCAGGAUUUCUGUCCAUUUUGAGGGUCGUCAUCUUUGUCACCUGACCUACACUGUGUUCAGAGCACUAAAAAACAUAUACCAGGUCUGCUACGCUUUUGUUAAAGAAUACUUGUAGUUUCUUUUGUACUACUUGCUUAUCCAUGCAUACUGGAUCUGUUGCCUUUUCAAAGUGCUAAUCUUUUUUCUGGAAUUUUAGUUGUUAUGGAUAAUAUUUGCCUGGGUAUGUUUGUCCAGCCAUAGUUCUUUACAGCUUUCUGGAGCUCAUCCCAGCCUUUUCAACUGGCAGUGCUUUAGUAUGACUGGAUCCUCCAUGGUGCUUUUUGGCCAACACCAGAUGGAUGACUAGCUAGAGUUGCUAGACAAUCCCUCUGAGGUGCUAGACUUGUGUAGGCGACUGUUCCUCUGCCAUGAAUCCAGCGCCCACUUCAAUCUUGAGUGGUGUCACUUCAGGCCUAGUAGAUCAUUUAAAUGUUAGUGUGGAAGGAAGGCAUAUAAUAAGCCGCUUGCCUGCAAUUAUUGAAACUUUGGUGCAAAUUGUUUAGAUAAAUAGGACACCUUAAAUAGGCAUGGAUGAAUAGUGCCUCAUGAGGUGCGACUGUUGGUGUAGCAUUGCCUCCUUCUGAGGUUGAACUGUUUUCAGACUGAAUUAUUGGAGGGAUUUGGAGUUUAAGGAGACUGUUAAUGCAAACAGACUGUCUUUUCUAGGUUGGACUAUGCAGAACAUGAGAUGUUUAAGAGUGUUUGAGCACUGGAAGGUUUGCCUUAGAUAAGGAAUGAAUAUAAAUCUGGGUUUGCGCAUAUUAAAGAUGUCUGCAUCAACACUCUUCUCUCAGGUAAUCUGGGCUUGCUGUUUGAACUAGGAAGUGCUAAAGCAAGUUGGUGCAAAGUGCAUUGGGUUCAUGUUAAACAUCAGUGAGUCUCCAUUCAGGGAACCCUAAGUGAGGAAGUCUAAACCAGAGCUGUCAGGGCUCAUCAUCAUCACUACAAGCCUGCUAGUAGUCACCAUCAUCCUGUGACCUACAUUCUGCAGUGUUACAUCACCGCCGUGCUACUGCAGUGUGUGUUAGUGUACCAGACACUGGCAACAUCUCAGACUCAACGUACCACUAUCAAAUGGUGCUUCAGAAAACAAAAAAAGGCAUUCUUACCUAGGUGGCCAGUUUUAGGGAACAAACUUGAACCAAGGCCGGCUCUUGUUUUAGCCAUAUCAGUAACCUAAUUCAGGAAUGGGCUCAACUCUGCCAGCCCAGUCUUAAGUACAAACUUUUCAUCUGUCAGUUUUUCUAGAGCCACCAUGUCUGGCCUCUAACUAUCCACAAUCUUUAUGUAGAAAGGCAAAAAAGCACGGUUCAACUUUAAUAUAUUAAAAUAACAAACUGUUAAGUCAGGCAGCCUGGAGAACGGGCGAGCAAUCGCGGGAGGGGGUGAGGGGGGGCGAGAGAUAAUUUGGAAGAGGCGAGAGGACGUGGUGGCGCGUGAGAAGGCAGAGGCAUUGGAGAGACAGAGGUUGGCAGAGUACAUUGUGUGGAGGAAGAGAGAGGACUUCCAAGAUAAAAAAGGAGACCAAGAGAAGGGAGGAAAGGGCUCUAGGAAAGGGAAGGAGGCUUCACCAGAAGUGAUCUGGAAGAGGAGAGAAGACGAAGAAGAAGAAGGGGAAGCAGGGAGGGAUAGAGCAAAGGCCAUUCAGGGAGGACAUGAAAGCAUUUGGAGGAAGAGGGAGAGGGAGUGAAAAGGGCAGUCAGUGACAGAUUCACAUUGCUUCUGAAACAGGUAUUCAGAAGACUAUACAAAGAGUUUGGCAGUAGUCGUACAUCAGUAAGCCUCCUCUCUCUUUUCUUUAGCAGCUCUGCAGGUGUUUGCUGUGUUAUCGACCAGUUGAAGUUGUAUAUUAUGCAUGUGUUGGUGCUGUUUAGUUGGUGUGCACAACGUCUUUUAGAAGCACCAUGUUGGCCGCUAAUAGAAUUUUUAUAGGCCUACAUCAAGCAAGGUAGAUUUGGCAAAGGGUACUGCUUCACAUGUGCAUGCCAACACACACACACACACACACACACACACACACACACACACACACACACACACACACACACACACACACACACACACACACACACAAAGAUAAAUACUGCCCCACACAUGUAGGCAGAUCAUUAACAAGUGUGCACUCCUCAGACAAACAGAAGGGGGCUUAGAGAGACAAUCACUUGUCUUGAUUCUUCAUGGUGCUGGUGACAGCUGAGUAACAUUUACACUUUGCCAAUUACGUCGGGAUGAGGCACUCCCGGAUGUCGUUUUACAUUGGGUACAAACACCACAAGGAACCCUCUGUGGAAAGCUAAAAGCUUGUCUUCAUCUAUUCAGGGGAACUGAACAAACAAAAACUUUACAAAAGAACUGAGGACAAAAUGAGCUGUACUUGUGCACUAAUAAACUAUUUUCAUCUGUAUUCCAACUUUAUGGUGGAGGCCCGGCUUCUCCAACGCACCGUCUCCCAUCUUGCACUCGUUGUGGAUAAAGCCAAUUUUAUUGCAGUUUGUUUUCGGCUGCUUGGUAACGAGUGGAGAACAGACAACCAAACAGAUGGAUGUAGAGCUCUUGCAGUGAGCAAGAAGGACAGAUGGUUGUAUGUCCUUUCAAAGGAAAACUUUGAAUUGUGAGACAAAAAGACUUUAAAUCGCUGCAGCCUGUGUGGACUUAAAAUCUCGCCCUGCAUAACUAUGGAACUUGUGCAGAAAGCCAAGUACACCCACAUUCGGAGUGAGUCGUUGAGCUCAACCGAUGAAACAAACUCCAACCCAUCAUCAUUUCCGCCUUCCAGCCCAGUCACUCCGCUUACCCCGUCCCCUGGUUUACCGUCCUCUCUCUCCUCCUCGUCGCUCACUCCCAUCUUGCCCCCCACAUCUCCCAGACAGGCUGAAAACAGCCCUACCACUCUCUGCUCCUUCUUCCCCAGUAUGAAAUCCCUUCGUCUGGGUGUCUCCGCUACCCUUCUCCCAGGACCCAGGGCUGCUAGCAGGUCACAGCCGGCUCAGGCGCCUGUUGAGUCCUCUGGAGAUGACAGGCGCAAUUCCAGCUCCUCUCCUCCUCUUCAUCAACACGUUGCCCUCCUAACUGCUCCCUGUCCCCCUCCCCGACCUCCUCUGCAGGACAUGAACCGGCUUGCAGGGGCCUCCAGAAGGGCACGGGUGGAAGGAGGUCAGCUGGGAGGAGAUGAAUGGACACGCCAUGGCUCCUUUGUCAACAAGCCCACCCGUGGCUGGCUGCAUUCAGACAAUGUGGUCAGCACCAGUGGGGUUUGCUAUACAGUACGGUACAUGGGUUGUGUGGAGGUGCUACAGUCAAUGAGAGCUCUUGACUUCGGCACCAGAACUCAGGUCACCAGAGAGGCUAUAGCUGUGGUUUGUGAGGCAGUACCUGGAGCCAAAGGAUCCCGCAGGAGAAAGCCUUCUUCUCGCUCUCUGACGUACAUUCUGGGGAAAAGUAACUUGCAGUUCGCAGGCAUGACAAUCAGCCUAACUAUCUCGACCAGCAGCCUCAAUCUACUGGCCUCAGACUGCAAGCAGAUUAUCGCCAACCAUCACAUGCAGUCCAUCUCCUUUGCUUCUGGAGGAGACCCAGAUACAGCUGAGUAUGUAGCAUAUGUGGCCAAAGAUCCAGUCAACCAGAGAGCAUGUCACAUCCUGGAGUGCUCCGAGGGCUUAGCACAGGAAGUCAUCAGCACCAUCGGCCAGGCCUUUGAGCUGCGUUUCAAACAGUACCUGAAGAACCCCCCCAAACUGGUCACACCUCAUGACAGAAUGGCUCCGUUUGAUGGCUCUGCAUGGGAGGAAGAAGAUGACGAGGCUGUCCCUCCUCCUCCUCCUUCCACUGAGGUUCCUUACUAUAAUAAUUUUCCUGAUAAGCAGCCUCCCCCUGGUGGGCUGAUUGACAUGAGGACUCGUCCAGGAGCAACUCUGCCCUACGGGCAGCCAGGUCAGAGCGACAUUCACAAACAGCCUGUGCCUCCUCUACCAGUGGGUGCCAAAGAAGGAGGCCGGGAGCUGUUUGACGACCCGUCAUACGUGAAUGUGGAAAAACCCAGACCUUCUGUAGCAGCUAAUGGAAAUGCUCACAGAGACGUAUUUGACAUGAAACCGCUCGAUGAUGCCUUGGGAGUGUCUGGACACGCUGGCCCAACAUCAGUGGUGGUACCGCUGUCGCUGGUGCAAGAGUUGCAGAGCGAAAUCUGGUUCCACGGUAGCUUGAGUCGAAAAGAGGCGGAGAGACUGUUGACCCGAGACGGAGACUUCCUUGUCCGGGAAUCUGGGACCACUCCUGGGCAGUACGUCCUUACCGGACAGCAGGGGGGUCAGCCCAAACACCUGCUUCUUGUUGACCCAGAGGGAGUGGUGCGCACAAAAGACCACCGGUUCGGAAGCGUCAGCCACCUAAUCAGUUACCACACGGACAACAAACUGCCCAUUGUGUCAGCCGGGAGCGAAGUGUUCCUGCAGCAGCCAGUGGCGCGCAGGGCCUGAAGCCACGCACGCCAAUGAAAUACUCCACCAAAAAUAGACUCUCACUCCCUCUCCAAAUCCACACAACACACUCCCAAAAUCAUACGCUUUAAUACACACAACACUACACACAGCACUCCCAUGAAACACACAUGACUACAAGCCAAAAUAAUUAAAAUAUAUCACCUGUUUCUCAGCAAAAAAAAAACAAAUCACUUUCUUAUUUCUGUUGCCACAUCUUCUGCCAAUCUGUGACCAGCAGUCUCCUAGAAACCCAUUGGAUUCACCCACCUACCCACCCACCACAGAGAGGCACUGCUGCAUUUUCUGAACCAACUGUGAAGCAGGGAGGAGCCCUUCAGCAACAUCACAACAGGGCUGAAAACAUGCAAUUAUUUUUCUUUAUUUUAUUUGUUUGAGGAGAAAAACAGAACUGCUAAUGAAUACAAGGAAUUGUUUUCUAAAAUGGUUGAACUGUGGAGGAAAGCGAACAGACUUGGAUUGAGAUGCUCGGUGUCUUAUUUAGGAGGGGAAAUAUUUCGUCCUCGGAGCAUCGCUGGAGCAUUUAUGUUUGACAAAAAGAAGCCAGGCGGUUUCAGGGACUUGACUGAGUUCAGUUCACCCUUCAAGUCUCACCGGAGAUGUAAACGUGACAAGACAGGCAAAUAUGCAUAAACGAGUGCACCGCCCAUCUUAUGAGGAGCACUGACCCACCUCCGGUCACUCCAGCCUGAGUACCUUGGACCUUGUAGGAAAGCCUGUAUGCAAAAGCUAUGCUAAACACCACCACCUUCAUUGUGUUUUGUAUAUUCUGUUAUCAUGAGUCAAAUAACUUACUGGACAUGUGGAGUACAGGAAGAUCAAAACAGCUGUAUCUCCCCAAACCUUUUAAACACACAUGCAAAUGUAUAUAUUCACCUUUACACGCCAUAAACACUCUCAUGUCAUGCCAAAGAUCAUAAACUUGGUUGCUAUUUACGAAAAAGGAAAAAAAAAAGAGAAGCCA